AUGUGCACAUGUCACACAGAGGGUUUCGUGCAGGGCUGGUUCCUUGUUGUAAUGUGUAGCCUGUCUUUGUUGGGUGUGAUCUGCUUGUUUAUAUGACCAGUCAUGGCUCUGACUGCUAUACAGAGCACAGGUUUCCAGUUUAGAAAGAUUCUAAGCUAUUUUCCCCAGGAUAUCAGCUUGGCAUUUGCUUAUGGAUCAGGGGUGUUCAGACAGUCUGGGACUCCGCAAAAUAAUAUCAGGAACAAUAUGUUGGAUUUUGUGUUUGCUGUUGAGGACCCUGUUACUUGGCACACAAUGAACAUUAUGCAGAACCGCAGCCAUUACUCUUUCUUGAAGUAUUUGGGACCUAAACAGAUCUCAGCUGUGCAGAAUAAAUAUGGUGCUGGUGUUUAUUAUAACACUCUUGUGCCGUGUGAUGGUAAAAUCAUUAAGUAUGGGAUUGUAAGCACCGAUACACUGAUUGACGAUUUGCUUCAUUGGAAGACUUUGUACAUUGCUGGACGUUUACAUAAACCGGUGAAAAUCCUUAUGCAGAAGGAGACUGGCCGGUUACAUUCUGCUCUGAACCGUAACUUAAAGAGCGCUGUGACUGCUGCUUUCCUCAUGUUACCAGAGAGUUUCUCAGAAGAAGAGCUUUACCUCCAAUUGGCCGGCCUCUCCUAUUCUGGCGAUUUUCGAAUGAUUAUCGGGGAAGACAAGGCAAAAGUGAUGAACAUUGUAAAACAUAACCUACCGCAUUUCCAAAAACUUUACAGUAAUAUAUUACAGGAGUGCACACAAGCGGUAUACAAACCUCAACAGAGCAGGGUAGAGGUUGACAAGAGCCCAGAAGGACAAUUCAUACAGCUAAUGGCUUUGCCUAAAACAUUACAACAAAAAAUAACCGCUCUUGUAGACCCGCCGGGUAAAAAUCGUGAUGUAGAAGAAAUCUUAUUACAAGUUGCGCAUGAUCCUGAUUGUGGGAAUAUAGUACAAGAGGCUAUUUUUGCCAUCGUAAAAUCCUCCAGUUUGACUCAGAGUGCAAAAGGGAUUCUCACUGCCGGAAUGAAGAAAUCUGUAUCAUAUAGUGCAAAGAAAUUGUAUAAAAUGAUAAAGAGCCUGAGAAAAAAUAAAUCUUAAGAUGUUUUUAUAUUUUACUACUACGUUAUUUAUAAAUUUUCUGUUUUCAUUGGAUAAAGUGAAGUGACGAUAUUGUAAUAAAACUAUGUUCAUUACCA